UGGGCCCUGGACCAGCUGCUGGGCUACUGGGCGCCGGCCGCGCGCCCGAGCGGCCCGUGGCUGAGCAUAGCGGCAGGCAUUGGAGCGGUGCUGCUGCUGCUGCUGCUUCUCAUCAGCCUGCCUCUGGCCCUGCCAGGCCUGCUGCUCUGGCUGCUGCUGCAAGCCUGGCGCCGCCCCUUCUGCUACCAGCCCCUUCCCCAGAGCUGGGCGCCCCCCGCGCCCUGGCGCCCCUCAGCUGAGCCCUCGCGCUGCUUCAGCUUCCUCAGCGCCAACGUGUGCCUGCUUCCCGACGGUUUGGCGUGCUUCAGCAACUUGCAGCACAGCCAGCAGCGGGCCGAGGCCAUGGGCGCCGCGCUGCUCGCCGGCCUGCGGCGUUCUCGCCAUGGGGUUGCAGGCUGUGGUCCGCCAGUGCAGGGUAUGCCGUGAGGGGUGCUGAUAGGUGUCAUGCCAGCGCGUCUGGACUUCGUGUGCCUGCAGGAGGUGUUCGAUCUGCGCGCAGAGCAACGCCUGGUGAGACGCCUGGCACCCAGUCUGGGCCGGGUGUUGUACGACGUGGGCACAUUCGGCCUGCAGCCUGGGCUGCGUCUCGAGCUGCUGGGCAGCGGGCUGCUGCUGGCCUCACGCUAUCCUCUGCUGCGCGCCGCCUUCCGGAUCUUACCCCAAGCGCGUCGCGAGGACGUGCUGGCCUCCGAAGGACUACUUUCCGCACAGGCGCAGCUAGGCAUCCUGGAUGGGUGCAGCAUCGUGGGCUUCCUGCACUGCACACACCUUCAUGCGCGGAGUGAGGACGGGCUCUUGCGCUGCAAACAGCUGAUGCUGUUGCUGGACUGGGCCGAACAGUUCGCGGCUGAGAGCCGCCAGAGUGACGAGGCCGUGGCCUUCAGCGUGCUCCUGGGUGACCUGAACUUUGACAACUGUUCGCUGGGUGACAGGAGGCUGCAGCGGGGUGGGCCGGGUGUCCUGGCCCUGACCACUGAGUGCUGGCCUGUCUGCAGACCACGCACAAGAGCAACAGCACCAUCUUUUCAGCCGCUUCCAGGAUCCCUGCAGGCUGGGCACGCGUCAGGAGCAGCCCUGGGCCCUGGGAACGUUGCUGAGAACCUCCAAGCUGCACCACUCAGUGGCCUGCUCCCCAGAGAUGCUGCGGAGGUGAGUGGCGACCUGGAGCACUUCCCGGAAGGAGGACUGCCCUGGCAUUGGUGACACUGCCUCUCCUUAGGGCCCUGGAGCAGGAGGAAGGGCGCCGCCGCUACCUGGCAGGCCCUCCCAGGGGAUGCCGCAGAGCUAAGCCCUGGCGUGGCCGGCGUCUGGACUACAUCACCUACAGAGGAGUGCCCGGAGGCCUGAGCCCAGUAAGUGCCAGAGCUUAGAGUGCUGGGCUCCUGGCACUGGGGCGACUCCUCAACUGACUCCCACCCCUAGGAGGUGGAACAGGUGACAUUCAGCACCGCCCUAUCAGGGCUCAUGGACCACCUGACGGUGGGACUUCGGCUCCGCAUUUCCAUGCCCUCCUAAGGCAGGCACGCAGGAGACAGGUGCCAGGACAGAUGGAAAGACAAACAGGGACACAGAAUGUGAGC